AUUUUAUAAAGUUAGUUAAAGUUUUAGCUCUGUUUCUCCUGCAGCUCCAGAAAAUUUGAUGCCGUAAACAAGUGUUGAUAUCCAAAUUUUCUGCAUUGUACGAGCCUGGUACUGUAAUGCCAUGGCUGCCUCUGAUUUUGCUUUCCGGAUGUCUGAGGAAAAUGUGCUUGAGAAGUUGGUAAAAGCCAAGGAAUUUAAGCAGAAUGGAAAUAAUCACUUCAAGCAGAAGGAGGUGAAGAAAGCUAUUCAGAAUUAUCACAGGGGGCUGAUGUACGUGAAAGGAAUGAACCAGGAUAUAAAUCCCACUAAACUGCUUAGUAAAAGACAGUCUACUCCUGUUGUAUCACAAGAAGUCAGAGAUGAAAUUGCAGCCCUUUCAGCUGAUCUACACAAUAAUAUUGCAGUUAUUGAUUUAGAUAUUUUGAAAAUUACAGAUAUGGCAGUGAGAAAGCUUAUGGCUUCUGUGGAUCAAGAGCUCAAAAAAGAGAACAAAAAAUUUAAUGACAUGUUCAAGAAUAGUCUUUUAGUAAAAGAGACUUGAUGUACGGUAGGAGCAAGAACAGUCUUAUUGUAAGAGAUGAUGGUAAGAACAAUCUUUUUCAUAUUUACUUAAUUAUUUGCAGUUUAACUUUACUCAAGUAUACUUUAUCUCUUGGUAAAAUGUAUACCCUGAGAUAUUAUGGAGACUGUGCUGUCAUAGUUAUAUACGUGAUAUACACUGGGCAAUUACAAAAAAAAAAAAAAGUCUUUACUAAGUUUGCCAUUUGUUUUCUCUCUCGAUAGAAAUUAGGCUUGUGCUU